AUGGCGGCUGCGAGCACCGCCUUGAAGUUGGGAUCCGACGUGAUGGCGGCCGUCGCAGCGCUCACCGUGUCGGCCAACGAUGGCGGCAGCUGCUGCACAGGCGCCGCCAUCGAGUGGGCGAAAUGCGGCUGCUCGGCGGUGUCCUUCGACAUUUGCGAACCAGAGAACUUCGACUGGCUGUAAAGCGCCUGGCCGAAGAUCUGCGGCAUCCCCGCAGGAGGCGCCGCCAUGACCGGCGGUUGAGGCGGCGGCUGCUGCUGCUGCGGCCUCUGGAACUGGAGCGGAGCGGGUGGGUGGGUGAGAUCGAGGGUAACAGUGGGGAAGGGGGCGGAGGCGGAGAUGGUGGCCAUGCUCGAGGAGCACGGCAGAAGCGUCCGCGCUAGAAAGUUGGAGCUCAUCACUCCGUUGGAGCUCACCAUCCCAUCAGCGCUCGGCAUGGACCCAGACAACAACAUGGAAGCCGCCGCCGACGUCGUCGACGCCAUCGCCAUCGCCGCCGGGGGCAGCGGAUGGUUGUGGGUCCCCUCGUACGUGGUUAUCAAGAUCGACCGGUCUUCAGCGCACCUCUGAACCUGUUCAUACGGGGAUCACGGGCCAGAUCAGCUCACCUGGUCAAAAACAUCAAUAGGCUCCAUCGUCUGAAGCGGCGUAAUUGAGGGAAAGAAAGAUUCUUACUUGCUUGCGGACGGGGCAACCUGCCGCCAUGGUGCAGCGGUAGUAAGCCCGCGGGCAGGGAUUGCCCUUGGCCAUCUUCUGACCGUACUUCCUCCAUUGGCAUCCGUCGGUUAUCUACAGGCGCCAAUUCACAAGGGUCAAUGAUACCGCCGAGAGAAUAAUAGAAGAAAAAAAAACCUGAUGAGAGAAGCUGGGUAA